CUGGUUACUUUUCCCCCGAUGGUCGGGAUAGACCAAUCACAGUUGUUUUUACUUACAGGCAUGGUAUCAGUUGUUUAACUAAUCUGCAGAUUUUUUAUUUGCAUUACACUUGGCAGUAAAAUAUGUGUAUUUUAAUAUACUUUAAAAUAGUAUAUUUGUAAUUUACAAAUAUUCACAGUUGGAACAAAAACACCAUUACAUUUGAAUGCAGCUUGUUUAGGAGUUUGAGCUUCCGGGCGGCCAGGCGCCCCCUCGAGGAAUAUUUUAUCCUUACCAUUUUCUCCGGCUGGUUCAUUGGUUGAGCAUGAACCCAAUCCACUUCCAGAGGCGGAGUUUACACAAAUCACUACAUUUGGUUGGCAUGUUUCCGAUUCGCUCUUAUCGGAUUAUUGACAUAUUAAUGUAACGACACGAUCAUUAUAGUGGAAGUAAAUAGAAAACAAAUGCAUUUUUGACAUCACAACCGCCCAAUAUUUCUCUAGUAGGACGUAGGCGUAACGUAAACACAGGCGUAAACACGCUUGCGAAAUGCUGCCUGCGGCUGCUGCAGGAAGUUGUAUAUUUGAAUCGAUUCAACGCGGUGAAAUCGAUCGAGUUUCCCAGUUAUUACAGCAAGAUCGUGGACUCUUAAGCAAAGAGGUGAGUGAAUUGUGCUUUGUCCUAGAUGAGCUUGUAAACGAUAGUGAACCUGGCGCAGUGGUCAUCUGUUAACAUCUAUUUUUCUUGUUCAAAGGAAUUAAUUAUUCUGUGUAAGAGUUUUUUCCCAAUUCUUUAACCCACGCAUCGUUUUCUUGAUUAUAUAUUAACUUUAAUGGGUAUCGAUUAAAGGAAAGACUCAGGUGCGAUACGUUUUAAUGCACUCGUUUACAUUCUGCUUUCCUCGACUGCUUUUUCCCAGUGAAGUGCAUAAAGGUUGUUUAUGACAGAUGUUUAACUUUUAUGUCCCAUUGUGUUUGCAGGUUGUCAAAGACAUUGAUAGGACAUUAUUUUGUAAACAACCUUUGAUACUCUUACUCACCUUUAGCUGUUGGUUAGUUGUAAAAGCCUUUUACCAGAACUGAGAAUAACUUGGCUCAAAUGCAGAUCUAUGCCAUUUGUGUUUGUUUGGCAAUGUAAGAUGUUUUAAAGUUUCUUGUUGUUCCAGGUUGGGGAGGUUUUACAGUCCUCCACUUUGCUGCCCUCCAUGGAAACAGACAGAUGGUUGAGCUUCUGCUAAACAAUGGUGCUGAUCCAAACAUCCCAUGCGAUGCAGGACAGACUCCUUUUCACUUCGCUUGCAGAAAUGGCAAUAUCUAUAUCAUGCACAAAAUGAUGCAGCACGGCACCGAUUUAAAGCUGGUAGAUGAGCAAGGGAAGACAUCUCUUCUUCAUGCCGUCAGUGGUGGAAGUGUUAUUGCCAUCCAGUACCUGUGGGAGACUGGAGUGUUUAGUUUCUCAGAUGCAGAUUAUUAUCAGGUCACUCCACUUCAUUUGGCAGCUUCCACAGGCAAUGUUGACGUCGUCCGGUAUCUCCUGAGAGAACAGAGAUGUACACCCGAUGCAGUUGACCACAGGGGGGCGACAGCGCUUCACGUGGCUGCAGAGAAAGGCAUGAUUGAGGUGUGCUGGAUACUGAUGAAGACUGCUGGACUCCACAUUUUACACAUGAAAAACCAUACUGGCCUCACACCGCUAGAUCUCUGUAAUCGGGGAAAUACUUUUAGACAUCAGCAACUUUCCAGGAUGUUGACGCAGUUCAGCAAACGACCAAAGGAUCUGAAACCUAAAGAUUCAUAUGUGAUGUACUACUGGAUGCUGAUGUUGCCGUCUCUCAGUGUGGCGACAGCUCUCAUAAUCUCUGCAGCUCUGGGUGAAUAUGGUGGCAUUUUCUCUGCGCUGAUGUUUCCCUUUAUGGCAAAGGUCAUGUUCUCACAGUACCACAGACUGAGCAGCUUUCAAAGGUUACCAAACCCUAUUUACCUUGGAACACUAACAGCGGGGAUAAUUCAUUCUUUGGCUUGCUUUUUCUAUAAAAUUUUACCUAGUUUGUGGCCAGCUCACACCCUGUUACACAUUACGGUUGUCCAUUUCUUUGUGCUCACUGGACUUUUUUGGAAAGUUCUAUACCAGAACCCAGGACAGCUAAACAAGGGUGAGAUUGAUGCACGGUUUUCCAGCGUAGGAGACUUACUGGAAGCCAACCAAAGCCCAGACAGAUUCUGUAUUUACUGUGAGCUGAUCCAAGUGGACAACUGCAAACACUGCCGUUUGUGUGACGUGUGCAUCAAGGACUACGACCACCAUUGUCUCUUUAUCAAUCAGUGUGUGGGGCAGGACAACCACCGCAUAUUUGUCCUUUUCCUCAUGGUCCUGAUAAUGGGCCACCUGCUCUUCAUCUUUAGUAGUGGGCACUACCUUCAUCUGAAGCUCUCAGUCCUUCAGCGACCUGACUGGCGGUCUGCAGCUGCGAGAGAAGCCUGGGUCAUACUGUUGACCCUACUCAACAUCCUCUCGAUGAUCUGGGUGAGCUGGUUGCUAGGCGAACAACUUGAUGCCAUUUCAAUGGGAACAACCACCUACUUUAAGUACAACCAUAAGAGGCCUUCUAAAAGACAACGCUUGGCGACUCUAAUUUCUUUUCUGCUUGAGGGGAAAAGAAGUCAACUGCAUUUUCAGUCUUUUAACAUAUAGAGAUUUUAAUGUGAACAUUUUAAUUACAAAGAAACAGUUUCUCUUUUCUUCUUUGUAUUUUAGGUUGCUUUUUAUGUUUAGAUUGACCGCAUCUGUGCCAUGCAUUCGAUAUUCAUAGGGGAACCACUUUAACUGCUAUAUAGCAGCACCUAUCAAGAACAAUAUGGUGCUAUAGAAUCAUAUGUGGUGCUAUAGACGGUUUCAUCGGACGCAUGUGCGUUGUCGCGGUUACGCGUCUGGACGGAGCUUAACUUCCGGUUUCUGUUUGUUUAAUGGUCUGGCUAGUGGCUAACCGGGACUCUGGAACAAACACGUUGUCGGAAAUAUCAAAUGUUUUGGUUUCCUUAAAGCGAGGGGAGACGACGAUCAUGGAUCAAUGCUAUGUGAAGGGAGGUUGGCAGCCGAUCGGUAGUUAACAUUUCAUACAUUAAUUUUAUGCAGUAACAUUAGCUCAGUGUAGUUUUUGAUACGCUUUGAUUUAAUCUAAGGUAAUCUACUUAUUUAUUUUGCUUGUUAUCAGAAAUAAACUACUCUAAAAGGA